CCUUUUUACUUGUCACAUUGUGGAACGCAAAUAAUGUUAACGUUCUGAGAAUUUUUUUCCAUAGUGAAUCUAGUGGAAGAACACGAGCUAUAGGCUUUGUGGGUAGCAUGCAGCAGCAUGCUAACAUUUCUCAUUCUCUUUCAACUUUCACCAAAACAUUUUUCCUCUGGUUCCCCCACAGCGCCUCCAGAUCAACAACCAACACCCACGCUUAUGGCAACCGACAAAGUGGCAUUAUUGAUUGGGAACCUGAACUACAAUCACCAUCCUGGUCUGAUGGCCCCCAUCAUGGAUGUUCAUGAGCUGGCCAAUCUUCUGCAACAGCUAGGCUUCAGAGUGGUCUCUCUGCUUGAUCUCACCCUUCCGGAAAUGCAGGCUGCCAUUGACAAGUUCUUGCAGCUCCUGGAUCGUGGAGUGUAUGCUGUUUUUUACUACGCUGGCCAUGGCUACGAGCACUCUGGCAGAAAUUACCUGGUAGCCAUUGACGCUCCACGACCCUACCGUACGGAAAACUGUGUGUGUGUACAGAGAGUGAUGCAGAGUAUGCAGGAGAGAAAAGCCCAGCUCAAUGUCAUUCUCCUGGAUACCUGUAGGAAAUGGUACAAACAAAAAGGUCCUUCCUCUGAAAUUAAGCCUUUGGCUCCUCUGGGCAACACUGUAUAUGGAUACGCCACGAGUGAAGAUGCAGAGGCUUUCGAGGUCCAGGAUGGUGGCAAGAGCACAGGGAUCUUCACCAAGUAUCUGAACAAACAUGUCUUAAAGCCAGAAAGGGUGACCCAUGUCUUGGAGCAGGUCUCUGAGGAUCUGGGUAAGGACCCACUGGUGCGUGGCAGGCAGGUAGUAGAGAUCAGACACACUCUGACAGAGCCACGGGCUUUGACCGAUCCUGUGCAAACAUCUGGACACACCAUGGAGCUUCGCCAGCGGGAUGCUUGUUGGAAACAGGCUAAUGUUCUUCCUGGCCGAAGGUCUCUGGAUUUUCCAUAUUGUGCUGUUAAGGUGGAGCUGAGUUUCUCUGCCCUGUUCUCCAAUGUCCUGGUUGUGUUUGGUACAGUGAGGAACACAAGUGCUAAGGCCCAGGACUGCACUCUGAUUCUUGAGAGUGAACCACAAAUGCAGGACAUUUUCUCAGGUUCUGGUCGAUCAGAAGAAAUGGACAGUCUGCUUGUGAAGAGCGGUGAAACUCCUGACUGCACCCUCAGGUUAUGUUGCCUUCAAAGACUCCAGGGAUCUCUGGUGAUCAAAGUGACACUGCACUACACCCACACACAAACUAAAGAACGUCUCACUGAGAGCAAAGAGCUGGACAUAGGCAGGCCUCUCAUUGCCUCCUGCAAGCUGAAUCAGAUGAGACCAGUGGACAGUCGUGUCCAUACUGUGGACCACAUGUCCAAUAUAAGAUAUCCUCAUCAUCAGAACCAUCCUCGACCUGGUCAGCCCUUCACACGCAAGGCUGAGAACCGAUUACAGAGUUCAGCCAAAUCCACCUCCACGAGCAGCAAUGAACCAGAGGAGAAUGAUGAAAAUGACUCUAAUGAAUUCACUAUGUGAUGUUCCUUCCCUUUACAAAUACACAGUAAGGCAUUGUUUUGAUGCAACAAAGGAUUUUUCUUACAUUAAUUGUUUACUUUUUGCUUACUAAUUACCAGUUGCGAUACAGUAAAUGUGUGUGUGUUUGUGAGAGAGAAAGAGAGAGAGAGAGAGAGCAAUGAAAGGAAGAAGUUCUCAUGCAAAUGUAGAAAUAUUUAUACAAAUUAUUUGUAAAUCAAAUUAAGUGUAAUAUUCUUAUAUAACCAAUAAAGUACUACUU